GGUUCUGUGGUAUUGGAGAAUGUUGAUAUUUGAUGCUUCUGAGUUUUAAUUUCCUUAUUAAAAAUUUACAAUUUUACCAGGAUGAUAAGCGUGAGAUAUACAAGGAAUUUAUUUUUGAGAUGUUUGUGUGUUAUUUAUUUAGCAGCGUUUUUGUCGUUUUACGUACAAAUACCUGGUCUGUAUGGAGACAAUGGAGUCUUACCAGCUAGAUCUGUAUUGGAAAACAGUAAGCAUAAAACAUUAUCAGCAAAAGUUCAUUAUCAACCUACUUUGUUGUGGCUGGCACCAUAUCUAGGUCUAGAUACCAGCUAUGCCCUAGAUCUGUUAUCUCUUCUUGGAGCCUUUUUGGCAUUUACAGGAAUUAUCUCUCAGAAGUUUUGUACAAUACCACUGUUCGCAGGAUUGUGGUCGUUGUACUUUUCUUUAUUCCAAGUUGGGCAAGCGUUUGUAACAAAUUUUGAUGAACUGCUUCUAGAAACAGGAUUUUUAGCUAUUUUUGUGGCUCCACUAUUGCCAGGACGUCGCAGGGGUUCAAAAGGAUGUCCCAAAGACCUAAUAUCAUUAUGGCUGGUCAAAUGGCUCUUAUUCCGGAUUCUGUUCAUGUCAGGUACACAGAAGUUCAUCAAUGGAGAUCCUGUAUGGUGGAACCUAAAAGGUAUAUCUCGUGUUUAUGAAGUAUUACCUUUACCUACGCCACUGUCUUGGUAUGCAUAUGCCCUUCCUGAGUGGCAGCUAAAGCUCACACAAGUUUUCGUUAACGUCGCUGAGAUUAUUUUACCUUUCUUGUUUUUCGUACCUCUGAGAUGCGCCAGACAUUUUGCGUUCUUAGCACAGUUAUUCUUACAAAUAUGCGUCAUUCUAACUGGUAAUUUCGGAUUUGCCAAUAUACUCGUGCUGACCCUAUUAUUAGUGCUACUGGACGAUCAAUGUUUCUAUAAGAAGAAGUCUUCGGGCAAGUGGUCAAUAUUGGGAAAAGUAGCAUCUUUUGUGAUUAUUAUAGGUAUUAUAUAUGGAUCGAUUGUUCUCUUCAAUUUGAAACUGAAUAAUGGUCAAGUGGAGUCCAAUAUUGGAUUUACAAAGGCACAGUUCGAGAAAUAUAUUGGACAAGCACUUAUUUAUACCAUAUAUUUUGGAUUGGUUUCCUUGGCUGUGACAGUUUUAUAUGCUCUCUCGCAAAUUCUUUUUGACAACCAUGGCUCCGGAAAUAAAGUAUUAGCCAUUCUGUCAACAGUAUUUUACUCUAGUAUUGCUGUUGCUAUUUUCUUAUCAAGCACAGUACCAUUGGCAUCUUUACGCCCAGUCUCAAAUUCCACUGUAGAUCCAACCAUUCGUACUAUUUACAACAGGUUACACAAGUUACAUGUCGUUAAUCCUUAUAGCAGCCCCUUCACCAAAUUUCCCGCAGGUAAUGGUCGAAGAGAAAUUGUGUUUGAGGGGGCCGAUAACGUUGAUGGGCCCUGGAAAGAAUAUAACUUUUUAUACAAACCAGGAAACCCGAAUGCUUCAUUACCGUUUGUUGCUCCCCAUUCGCCACAACUGGAUUGGCACUUAGCGACUGCAGCUUAUGUGAGUUACGAUCAACAACCGUGGUUGAUGUCAUUCGCCCAUAGAAUCCUGGCUCACAAACCUGCCGUUCUUGCCCUCAUAGAUUUUAGAGAUUCGCCGUAUCGUAAUGUACCACCCAAAUAUCUAAGAGCUCUUGUAUAUAAAUAUCAAUAUACAGGUUGGAAUCAAAGGAGUCAGAGAGCUUGGUGGACAAGAGAAAAAAUUUCCGAAUAUUUGCCAGUCGUUUCCUUGGACUCUCCUUUCCUUACUGACUACCUGAAAGCCAGAAGUCUACUACCUUUAACUUCAAAAGGUAACGUGAAUCCUCUAUGGACACAAGCCUUAGAUUUCAUCAGAUAUAUCGUUAACCAUUUGGAAGCAACAUUAUUGUUCUGGUCAGUGGUUUCUGCAGGCUUUGCCGUCAUUUGUACGACUACAUCAGUUUCUCACGGCAAAAAAUAAAUCAAUGUUUGGUUAUGAGCGUACAUGUGUGGUCUAUAUGUACAGAACUGAAAUACUUAACAUCAGAUUUUUCUUUCAAUCACAAAAUACAUGGAUUAUAUACAUGCAGAAAUGAUACUCAAUGUUGUUUUUGUGAUAAACUACAUAAAAUGUUAUAUAAUUUUUUCUUGUGUUAAAUCUGUGAAUUUAAACAUGUAUUUUGUUACUGAAAAGCAUUAACUACUUCUCUUAACUUAACGUACAAUAAUUAAAGAGCCUAUCUAUAUUUUAAUGAUGUCUUUUUUUUCUCUCUUAAAAUUUUGCGUAAUAAAAAUGUCUUAGA